CCAGACGGUGAUAAUAAAUCAAUAAAAAUAAGUUUAAUUUCACUGAAAAUAAUAAAAAAGACAAAUUGUAACUCUCCAAUUGGCUGUCCAACUAUAUAGACGCCAUUGUCUUGAGUAAAUACAAUACAACAGCACAAGUCGUCGGUUAAAGUUAAUCUACAGCAAACAUGGGCGACACCAGCAAUCUAAAUCUACGCAGCGCAGUAAUAAAUGAUGCGCCUAUGCUGCCAACUCCUUACGGCAAUGUCAGAGCACUUUCCGGCCCACCACCUCUACCACAACUCCCUCAACAGACCUCAUAUGGAGGAUAUGGCAGUGGCUACGGAAAUACGAACAGCUAUGGUAGUGCUUACGGGAACAGUUAUGGAUAUGGUGGUGGUUACGGAAAUACAAACAGCUAUGGACUAGGUUUGGGCUAUGGUGGAUACGGCGGAUUUAGCGGAAUGGGUGGUUACGGUGGAAUGAGUGGUGGAUUUGGCGGAUAUAGCAGAUAUGGCAACGCAGGUCCACUCGAUCCCGAGCAGCGUUUCAUACAAAUGGCUGAGGCCAGCUCGCGUCCUGCAUUCCAAAGCAUUGAGUCACUAGUGUCGGCUAUUGGCAACAUAGCAUCCAUGCUGGACUCCACAUUUUUUGCAUUAACCAGCUCAUUUCGUGCAAUCCUCGGCGUGGCAGCGAACUUUGGACGCCUGCGUAGUGUCUUUGCACAAUUCUGGACAACGUUUGCAUUAUUCCGCGGACUGAAAUGGAUUUAUAGAAAAAUACUCUAUUGGCUGCGCCUGUCAAAUUUGGAUCCUUCGUCAGAUGCAUUUAAGAAGGCUUUUGCCGAAGCUCUUACCGAUAACCACGCACAACAAAAUGGAGCGCCAAAGCUGCCAAGAAAAGGAACAUCUCCUUGGCCAGUGCUGGCAUUCAUCAGCUUCAUAUUCACGGCACCUUAUCUGAUCAUGAAAUUACUUGGCACCGUAUCGAAUACGGCACAAGAGGAGGCUCGCAAUCCCGUUAAGUGGACCGCACCUAUUCAGACGAAGGCUGUAUACGAUUUUCAAGCGCGCAAUCAAAGCGAACUAACGCUGCGUGCUGGACAGAGCGUACAUGUGGCACCGCGGGAAAUUCAACAGACACUGCAGCUGCUCAACACUGGCUGGGGUUUGGCAACUAUCAAUGGUCAGCAGUCGGGAAUUAUACCACUCAACUAUGUCAAGUCACCACAGCAACUGCGACAAGAGCAACGAGAGCCCACGAAAGCUCCACAAGGUCCACUGAUUCAGCCACAAGAGCCGCUGAUGCAGCCACAAGAACCGCUGAUUCAGCCACAACCGCAGCUUAUGAAUUUGUCUGCAAAUGCUUUUCCCGCACCACCUCUGGAUCAACAGAUGAACUUUGACUUUAACUUAGCUGCGCAACAGCAGCAACCGCUUGGACCACCCUGCACCGCAGAGACAGCUUUAGAGGAAGGGUUUGCCUAAAAGCAGCAGCAGAUUUCCUAGCUUUGUAAGCCCAUAGCCCUAAGCCAAAGACCUCGCUUGGUCAUAUUUAUAUGCUUAUGUUAUUAUUUCACUUUUAUACAUUGUCAAGUUGUGUUAAGGCUUUACAAAAUCAAGCAAUAAUGGUAUUAAUAUAGUCAUUCAUAUACGAAAUCAGAACAAAAACGAAAACCUUAAUUUGUUUUAAACUCGAUUGAAGAUCUAAAUUG